GAGGAGGCGCGCAAGGACAGGACACUGUCUGAGUUUCUCUUGAUGUUAGAUGACUACGAGCCGCUGAUACCGGAUGAGGUGACGGACUACUACCUCCAACGGGUUGGCUUUGACUGUCAAGACGCCCGUCUGAAACGGCUCCUAGCGCUCGCUGCACAGAAAUUUGUUUCAGACAUCGCAGCGGACGCGUACCAGCAUGCACGCAUCAGGUCGAAUGCAGCGGGUGGUCGUGCACGUGCAAACCAACCUCCCACAACCGCUCGGGUGCGUGUUCCUUCGUUUCCUGACCUGCCAUGUUCCUCACGCGCCAUUCCUCGUUCCACGGACAAAGCCCGGACCACGUUGACGAUGGAAGAUUUGAGUGCGGCGCUGGCAGAGUAUGGUAUCAACUCGCGCAAGCCUGAGUUCUAC